AUGAGAAGAUGGCUGCUGGCCGCUGCACUCACGCUUGCUUAUGGCGACUGGAAGUGCACCGUCCAGGAGCAGAACAACUGCAUCAUCAAUGCAUCUGCGCUCGUGAGCGGCCCACUGGUGUUCGAUGGCAACGUUCUGGUGACGCACCAAGCCCUCGUGCAGUCCGAGACCAGCUUUAGCAUCGAAGCAUCUGGCAACCUCACCGUGGAGAUGGGGUCCACGCUGCAAGCCAAAGGAGAUCUGACCCUGAAUGCAAGCACCGUCCGCAUUGUUGGCUCCUCGACCUCGGCACAAGGGACCCUUGCCGUUGUCAGCCGCGCGAGCUCCAAACAAGGUGCUGUCGUUGGCUCCCACUUACCGGGAAAGGUUGGCAUUGAUCAGCGGGACUCCGGCGGCGACCCGGGUAUCCUCGUCGCCGAUGCAGCGCUUCAAGGCGGCAAUGUCCAGGUGAACUGCAACCAGAGCAAAGUAUGUCUCCAAGGAGCCAACAACAUAACGGUCGUUGACCCCACCCAGUCAUUGCAGAUAAGCGGGAAAGCUGUCUCGGCAGACUGCAGCAACUCAACCUUGACGGCAGCACAGAUCCAAAUUGUGGCAGAGAUGGACUUGCACUUGGAUGCCGCGAUUCCGGGGUUUACGCGAAGUGGCGGCAAGGGAGCGAAGACGCCGUCACAGCUGGACAUCACUGCACAAGGUCACAUGCUGAUUGGAAGCCAGAGCUGUACAUGGACGCUCGAGCGGCUGCACGCAUCUGCCAACACUAUGGAAAUUGCGACCAGCAGUCGCAUCCACACCGUUGGCCAUUCUACCUGCAAGCACACGUCGGACAGUGCAGGACCGAGGGAUCGCUGCUUCCCGGCCUGGCCAACGUGGCCGGGCUCAUGGCCCGAGCCUGUGGACGACCCGUACGUGACCUUUGACCUCGUACUCCUGGCACGGAAUUCCCUGAACCUGUCGAGCCGGGCCAUGCUUCAAGCUGCGUCGUCGCUCCUCUGCGUGAACAAUGGGGGCAUACGCUUCGCGGACCACAACGUCUUGGAUGCCUCGGGACGUGGCUGCAGCGCUGGUGCCGGGCGUGCGCCCGGGAGCACUGUUCGGGGCCCUACCGGAGCCUACUUGGCAGGUGGAGGCACUCAUCUUGGUGAGGGGGGAUAUGGCGGUUCGUUCGACACGCAUACAGUGCAGCCGAAUUCCUCCACGGUUCAACAGCCGGCUUACGAUUUGUACAACCGGCUCUUCCUCCCGACAGAGGGUGCUUCCGGUGGCGCCACUGGUUAUCUGGGGCCUGACGCUAAUGGAGCCACCCCACCUGCAGGCUCAGCUGGUGGUGGCUUGAUCUGGAUAUCUGCUACCAGCGCUUCUGGUAGUGUGACUUUCGGCAGCUGGGUUGCCUUGAAGGCUGAAGGGUUGCCCGGAGGCGUCGCUACCAAGCAUGUGUCAGGGGGUGGAGCAGGAGGACAGAUCUUGAUCUUCGCGACCAAGAUUGCCACGGAAAACGAAGAUGAGGCUCCAGUGCUCAGUGUUGCGGGUGGAAGUGGUGCUUGCUCGGCCACGACAAACGUGCUUAGCGGUGGUGGCGGUGGCGGCUUUGUUGGGUUAAACUGGACGGCAACAUCGCCCUUUCCGUCACACGGUAAGCUGGAUGUCGACGUUGCUGGCGGUUACAUGGGCAAUGAUGGAUCGGGGCAGAACUGCUCUUGGGUGGUGCCCAACUCUCGUGGUCUCCGAGACACCUUCGGGCAUCCUGGCCAGGAGAUGCCCUUGAGGGGAUGCAGCCCCGGCUAUGCAGGCCUCUUCUGCGAUGCAUGUGACGCCGGGUUAUGGAGCCUUGGGGGCCUUAACGGCUGUCAGGCAUGCACAAACAAGCCUCCCAACGGCAACUACACAAAAACUCAUUGGCCAAACGCGGAGUGCCCCUACGCCUGCGGCGUUGGGGUUCCGAACCGCAAGAGCAACCCAGGCUGCUUGGAUCCCAUGGAAUAUGCUCUCAGCUUCUUCGGCGGUCCGAAAGGAGUGCUUGCCAUCGCAAUCGCGAUUGUGAGUAGUGCUGCGCUUCUCCUGUGGCGUCGGCGGAAGUCGGGUGGCUUGUCACGUGCACUGCUCUCUCAUGACGGGCCUGGGGGAUCAUCGUCCUUUUCCCUUCGAGCGCACAACCGCGAAGGUGCAAGUGCUCAGAGCGGUAGCUUCUCCACGUGCUGGGCAUCUUGCUUCUGGCGAUACUGCACCCGCCGUUACGCCUCGGAUGAGCCGCAGAGGGUUCACAGUCCUUCUGAGUUUCAGAUGGCUCAAGAACAGCUGCCCUUCCACACCUGCCGGGUGUAUUUCCAAGGCGAGAACACGGGAAAAUCUGCGUGGUUGUUGAAACCGCAGGUACCCGCAGCCGUGGAUGACCUGGUCAUCAAGGAGAAGUGGGAGCAGCUAGCAAGGAUGGUGAAUGCUGCGGCAAAUGUUUCCAAGCUACAAAGCCGUGCAGAGGGCAUCUUGGAGUACUUGUAUCCGCCUGCAGCUCCGCAGUUUGCUAGGUACUGCCGAUGCAGACGGGCGAGGGCCAUGUUGCAGCUUGUGAGAGAGUUCUCCGAAACAGAGAGGCUCUGGAGGCCUAUCCGUCAAGCUGGCGGCGAGUUGCAUGUACGCUUCGGCUGUAAUCGGAAAGCCACGCUGGCUUAUCUGGACCUCUUCGACUUCUCGAGGUCUCCUAUGGACUUUGCACCUGUAAACCUCAGGAAGGAGGCUUGGUUGAUUCCGGUGCAUGGCCAGGGGACCUUUGACGAGCCCUACGAGGUGGACAUGAGUGAUCCAGUGCUUCAGCGCCUGGAGCACACGGACCACGGCGCCACGGCCAUUCUAGCUGUUCUCUCCACCUUCAACCGAGUUGCCCGUCGGCUUUUCAAGGAUGAGCUCCAGAACUCCAUUGAUGACCCUCUACAGCAACUGCACGAGAAGGUUGAACAGUGUGCCUCGCAGUGUGGGCUGGGGGGAUUUGUCCAAGUUCUCCUGGUUUGGCAGAGAGACCGCUUCCGAGGAGUCGACGGACUUAGUCUCAGCCGUGCCGAGGGCACGACGGACGCUAGCGUGGCAAGAUCGAGCGAGUCGCAGGGCAACUCCUUUCGGGACCUUGUCCUCGAUGCAGAGGAGGCUCACUGCGACAGACUGCCAUCCCAUGCUCCACGGCGGCGAGAGCUCCGACUCUGCCUUGUCUUUACGGAGUUCUCGCUGCUGGCAAGUGCCAGCAGCGGGGAUCUGGCAUCGCUCGGAUCCGCUGCGGGAUCGCACGGGAGCUCUAGAGUCCUGACGACUCCGAUUGCUCCCCAGGUGCUGAACGAGGCUCUACGAAGCUCUGCCAUGGUCGCAGGGGAAGAGUCCUCGAAUCCCAUCCCACCUGUGGACCGUGUCGGCGGCUGGGGCGUGAAGAGGCCUUUGUUGCGAUGGGGAUACUCGGGCUCGGACCAGACUGCAGCAAGAACUCUAGUGUCGCUCAUCUGCUUCUUGGCCUUCGAUCUUCUGGCCUUCUGCUUGAUCUGCGGGAUCCUCUUCAAGACCAGCAUGGUGGCUGGCAUGGUCUGGGUGUUUCUGCCGCCCUUGGCGCAGCCACUUGCGAUUGUGGUGGGGAUCCUUUUCUUGCUGACAGAGGAUCCCGACCUUGGACGACUUUUCGCCAAUCUGGAACUCCUUGGCAUUUGGAAUGCGGCGGUGUCUCUUGUGGUGCUGUUCUGGCUGUUGUUCUUGGACUCCUUGGUGUUCGGGCCUCGAUCUAGGCCUCCACGGAAGGAGGCCAAGAUUGUGUCAACAGUUGUCAACACGAGCCUUGCCUUGAGGUUUGACAUCCUGGCCAUGGGCAUUGUGAGCUGUGUGAAGGCAGACAUCGGGUGCUGUUGUGAGACUUCCAGGUUGCGAGGGCAGCCGCCCGUCCGCUUCGGCCCACUCCUUUCGUCCUAUCGACAUGAGAGGUUUGUCGGUGACUGUUCUCCCACCUCCUUGUACCUGUACUCCAUGGCAGGGCCCCCUCGCUGUUGA